GUGAGGAUUUCCCCUGUGUUAACCCUGGAGGACAGAGCCAGCUCAGUACAGGGAAGACAGACUCUACAGGUGUGUACAAAAAAAAUAGACAAUUAUUUUAGUUUUGCACAAUCCAACAGUGCAGGAUGUGAAGGAAGUGCAGCAGUGGGAUUAAAUAGGUGGUGUAUUAAAGUAGUUCUCCUCAGAGCCACAGCUAAUGACUCCCAGACUGGCACUAAAAGAAAGAAAUCUGACAAAAAGAGAAUAACAAAGUACUGUGUAUUCUGCACAAAGAUGUCAACCUGAGAAAGUUUCACCACCAGGGCAGAAUGGGACACCCGAAUGUGCCACUCAUGUACACCUACGCCCGUUCCCACAAGGAUAAACACAGAUCUGGUCAACUGCAACCCUACACACCAAACGACAACCUGAACAACGCCUUAGGCUCUAUCAGAGUGCUUGGUUUGGAACUGAUCGCAGAUGAACUUAAACCACAUCUGAACACAGUGCUAAUCAACAUUAAGGCAAAAAGAACGAAAGGUGCUGCUGAGCAGGUAGUGAUCAGUGGGAUCUUGCCAAUUCUGGCCCUGUCUCUGAGGAGCAGGGGGCCCCUUUCUCCGCUGACAGCAAAACUGGUAGCUGAACUCGCAAAAGAAUCUGUGGUUCGUAAAGGUUUCAGUGACGCGGGUUUGGUUACGGCUUUGCUGUCUGUACUGACCAGUCCAGACCAAGAACUGCUCCUUCACGCUGUAAGAGCCAUCUCACGCAUGUCCUAUGACAGCUCUAAGCUUCAGGAACUGUUGCUACGUCGAGGUGCAGUGGCUCGUCUUGUUGCCAUCCUGCUCCGUUUCCCUGGGAAGGAAGUUCUGGAGGAAGUGUGCCUUCAGGGGCUCUGUAACCUCAGUGGCAUGGGAGUGGGAGAGGAGGCGGGCAUGGUCUGGGAGAGGUGUGCGUCUGUGAGGCCAGGAGAAUUGGUUUUUCAUGGCGUUUCUCCUCACACCUGCGGUGUGGCCUCCUCUGUGACUCUGGUGUGCGUGUCUCAAAAGGCGCCGGGUCAAUACGCGGUCAACAUCGAGGUUUUCCAGCGCUGCUCCUCCUCUUUCUGGAGCUUUCACAGGAACAAACGGAACACUCGUUGGUUCCCGUUCUCCAGUUUGGGAAGCUGUUCAAAUCUGUACAAGGUGAUUAAAUUCUCUACGAGGAAUGUUCCCCAAACUAAAAGUCUGAAGACUCGCGUGUUCCACACUUUCCUCUGACAGCUUAAAUACCAUGUUAUAAAGCUUUACUGCAGACACAGGUCCAUAUUAUAGCUACAUCACACAGUAUAUAAAGGUAUAAAAAAGGCAAUUCAAACAUACAUAAUAAUUCCAUAAUCGCCUAUAGGAUACAAGCUAUUGUACCAAUGCUACAAUACAACCUGGUGUUAUAGUUAAAUAAAAGGGGAUUAUACAGUCUGUGUAAUUGCACCACCAAGUUUUGGUAGGCUACACACCAAAACAUCAGGGGAAUGUUUACACACCACAUUUACAUUAUUAGUGUUUAGGACCCCCUUGAAAAUAAGAUGCUACAUCCUAAGGGGCCAUCCUUUCCAUACAAUUCUAAUGAAAUGCUACUAAAUGUCUCUUGGGUACU